AUGAGCACAGAGGAGGGAGAGGCGGGUCCCGCGUGUGGGGAGGCGAGUGGAGGUACCACCAUACCUCACCGCCACACCUGGGAGGAAAGCGAACCUCACGGCUCCCAAGGACGUCCGCACCCCGACGAUGAGGACGAAGCCCGGGGAGGAGAGGAGGGAGAGGGGGCAGAGGGCUGCCGGGAGGGCCGGAGCUGCAGGGACGCGUGUGGGGGUGACACAGAGAAAUUCACUGUGGAGAACAACGAGGGGAAUUUUUCCAGUGAGGACGGGGCUGUCGGGGGGAGAUCUUGCAAGGCUCAGACAAUGCAUUCAAACUGCAGCAGCGAAACCUGCAUCCCCACUCCCAGCUGCAGGAUCUGCUUCCAAGGCGCAGAGCAGGGGGACUUGUUGAACCCGUGCAGGUGUGAUGGCUCGGUGCGGUAUACCCACCAGCAGUGCCUGCUGAAGUGGAUCAGCGAGCGGGGCUGCUGGACCUGCGAGCUGUGCUGCUACCGUUUCCAGGUGAUCGCCAUCAAUCUGAAGAGACCAUGGCAGUGGCAGUCCAUCACCAUUACCCUGGUGGAGAAGGUGCAGAUCAUUGCGGUGUUCCUGGGCUCUCUCUUCCUUGUAGCCAGCAUCUCCUGGCUGCUCUGGUCGGCGCUCAGCCCUCAGGCCAUCUGGCAGCGUCGUGACGUCCUCUUCCAGAUCUGCUAUGGCAUGUAUGGCUUCAUGGACCUGGUCUGUGUAGGCUUGAUCAUCCACGAGGGGGCAGCAGUGUACAACGUGUUUAUGCGCUGGCGAGCAGUCAACCUUCACUGGGAUGUUCAGAGCUAUGACAAGGCCAAGGACAUGGAGGAGACGAGCACUGGUCACUCUUCGCUGGCCCCCAGGACACUUUGGUUGCCUUUGGCCACCUUUGGGCCCAGCGGCCCCUUACACCCGACCCAGCUGGGAUCACAUCCAUGGACUUGCCUGUGUUUGGCACCCUUUUGCCACAGAAUGGUACCCCGAAACAACCUCAGCCAGGACAGUGACUCAGGAGAGGUUGUCAUUCGUGUAACAUCGGUAUAA